GGUGGGUGGCAAGGUCCAUCCUCCUCCUUUGUAAUAAUUAUUUAUUAAUUCAAUAAUAAAUGUAUCAAUCAAUCAAUCAAUCCUAACUCAAGAAUCAAGACUGUACCGGCAGCUCGUCAUUUUUCCGUAUAUAAGGAUGGUUGUUAAGAAGGUAAGUAGUUUUCAAUCGUUUUAUCCACUAUUGUAUUUUUCCUAUUAUUAAUAAUGUUACGACACAUAAUAAUAAGGGGAUAAAUUCAUUAAGGCACUGCUAAAGCCUGAACUGAAGCCGUCAGUUGGCGCGGCGAGUGUGGGAGUGUGGCGCCGUCUGCUACAGGUAAACAUUGCGUGGAGCUGUGGCUGUCACUUCUUAUUUCUGCACCAUUUAAUUUCUAUUGUGUCAAAAUGAUUAUUGAAUACACAAACAUAGGUACUGAAAGAGGCAGAGGUGCUGGACUUGUUGAGGCAGGUGAACUCUGUGGCGGAAUGAGAAGCCACACUGGGCCUUCACUUGCAUAACACAGCACUGGACCAUCCCUGUAAAUAAUUCCGGUACAUCACAUCCUUGCCCAUUACUGCAGCUUCUAGCACAGCACACGUGGGUCCUGGUGGUGGGAAAUCACUGACGCCAAAUUUGGGACACAUUUGAGUCUAACUUAACAAAUGGCCUUGCUCCCUAUUGACACCACCACCCAUAAGGGCACUAAUCUAACCAGACCGUCUGGGCUUCACUCUCCAUGGACGCCUUCAUAAGAACACUAAUCAAAUCCCUUGUUGGACACUAACCUAAUCUAACUUAUACUCACCAGAGAGGCAGCAAACUCCCCGGAUCCUCAUAAGGCUAAGGACACCGACCUAACCACAAUUUCAUUUGGGCAGUGACGGCUCGCCCAUAGGAGCUGCAGAGUUGUAGUUCCCCCCAAGCCCAAACACUCACUGCCAGGUUUAUGACUCCAUCAAUCUCGCACUAGAAUAACAUGCAUGUAACAAAUAAUGUUGCGUUUUUUUUUUUUUUUUUUCUAAAUAUUCAUAACUAAAUUUUGAAAAUUUACAGUAAAACGAGACUAAAAUAGAAGUUUCGUGUUGUACAAUAAUUUAUGAUUUAUUUGGUGCUACACCUAAGACAGUUGAGAUGCAGUUGGUGCAGCUCACUGCUAAGCCUGCUUCUAUAAACGCUCGGUCCAAGGCCUAGGUUUACAUUGCGUUAUACAGUGCAACUGUAAGUUUAUAAAAUCCUUUGUUUAAUUAUUUAAUUUUUAAUAUUUUUUCUUCAAAUUAUACUGUUGUGUGAAGCUUGCAGUAACACAGUCCCUCCAUUCUAUUUUUCCAUGAGCCACCACUGCAUAUGGGUUCUGUACUGAAAAAUGUUGUGAUUACAGAGCAGGUAUAGUCUUAGGAUUGUAGUAGGAGGGCAAAGGUGGACAUCUGCACAAAGAAAGAUGGUCUUCACUGACUUGAAUGGAACUGGAGAAGAAAAUAAUGUUGUAGCCAUAAGCCGUGCCACCAUGAGACUUGCACUGGUGUUGCUGCGCAAAAGAAUGCCAAAUGGUCACAUUUACUCAGGCAAGAACCGUUUGUAUCCAAAGGUGACCGGAUUGGAUAAAGCAGACAUGAGGAGACGACUGGAAAUUGAGGAGCAGAACAUGCUUAUCCUGAGACACCCGUAUCUCACACUGGAUCAGUCAUGGGGUCAUGCAAAAGCCCUGGGCAAGGGAAAGAUAUUCUGUGAUAAAAUGAAGAAUUCAUCAGAAAAGUGGCUACCUAAUGUUACCAUAGAGGAACGAUUUGAAACUUUAAAGAACAAUGACAUUUGGGAUUGAUGUGGUUGUAGCAUGUUAGUUUUGUGAAUAAACCUGUAAAGUGUAAAGUCUA